AUGGAGCACCGAAAGAUAAGAGGAAACGGCAUAGACAUCCACGUGGCAAUCCAAGGCCCCUCCGAUGGUCCCAUAGUCCUCCUCCUCCAUGGAUUCCCUGAGCUCUGGUACUCAUGGCGUCACCAGAUCACCGGACUCGCCGCUCGUGGCUACCGAGCCGUCGCUCCUGACCUACGUGGUUACGGUGACUCCGAUGCUCCACCGGAGAUCUCUUUCUACACAUGUUUCCACAUCGUAGGUGACCUUGUCGCAGUAAUAUCCGCCUUAACUGAAGAGAAAGUGUUUGUGGUCGGACAUGACUGGGGAGCUCUCAUUGCAUGGUAUCUUUGUCUUUUCCGACCAGAUAAAGUCAAAGCCCUAGUCAACCUUAGUGUUCCUUUCUCUGUCCGUCCCACUGAUCCUUCCGUGAAACCUGUGGACGGUAUGCGUAUGUUCUACGGCGACGAUUACUACGUUUGUAGGUUUCAGGAAGAGGGAGAGAUAGAAGCGGAGAUAUCAGAGGUUGGGAUUGAGAGAGCAGUGAAGAAGGUUCUUACGUAUAGAACUCCUGGACCACUUAUUCUGCCUAAAGACAAGAGUUUCUGGGGAUCUAAAGAUGAUUCUAUAACUUUACCUUGUUGGUUAUCGGAAGAAGACGUUGCUUACUACGUUACCAAGUUUGAAGAGAGAGGCUUCUCUGGUGGAGUCAAUUUCUACCGUAAUUUUAACCGGAACAAUGAGUUGUUGGGUCCAUGGGUGGGAUGCAAAAUCCAAGUACCUACAAAGUUUGUGACAGGGGAUUUGGAUCUGGUCUACUACAUGCCUGGUGUGAAGGAAUACAUACACGGUCCCAAGUUUAAAGCAGAUGUGCCUUUGCUCGAAGAGCCUGUGGUCAUGGAAGGAGUGGCUCACUUCAUUAACCAAGAGAAGCCGCAAGAGAUCCUCCAAAUUAUCGUCGAUUUCAUCUCCAAAUUUUAA